GCCCCUUCUUUUCCCUCAUCCUUCUUUUCUUCGCUACUUCAUCCCGCCGCCGGGUUCUUCUCUUCAUCUUCUUCUGUCUGCCGUCCUUCCUCUCCUCGUAGUGACUUUCUACAAGGAAAUUUUAAAAUAAAUAGUAGUAGUAACAGAAAAGUAGAUAGGGAAAACCGGCGGCCAUUCUACUUCUCAUCGCUGUUCUUCUUACUUCAACAUUUGUGUUGAGAUUGGAAGUUAGCUAUGGCUGCAGAUGAUUUGCAUAAGAAAAAGAAGAAAACUUUGAAGGAAAGGAAGAAGUAUGACUCGGAGACAGGGUUUUCUCCAAUUGAGGGAAACUUUAAUGAAACUAACGAGAAAGUCAAGAAGAAAAGCAAUAAAAAGAAGAAUAAAUAUUCUGAGGAUUCUUCCGAGAGAGCUAAUGCCAUAAACUUUGCCAUUGUUAAAGCAGAUGAAACACAUGAUGUUAAUGAUGGAAGCAACAAGAGUAAGAGGAUGAAAGAUAAAAAAAGAAAGAAUACUAGAACUAUGUCCAGAGCCGAGGAAAUCAGCCAUUCUCAUUCUACUGAAGACGAAAAUGAAGAAGGUUUUGAAAGUGAGCCCAAGGCAAAAAAACUGCGGAAGUCGAGGAAAAAGAAGAGAGAGAAUAUUGACACUGAAAAUGACGAUGUGUCUGGAACACAAGAUGGUACUUUGGCAGAGAAGAAAGGGGAAGACGUAGAAGAUGAUUGCUACGAGAUGUCAUCUGGGGACGAAGAUUAUUCUAAAGGAAUGACAAAAUGGAUUUCCCAAUAUCAUCGGAGUCGGCCUGGUCUCAAGGUUCUGCAAGAAAGGAUCGAUGAUUUCAUAAUGAACCAUGAGGCACAAGAAGCGAAGGCAAGAGCUGAGAGAGAAGCCCAAGUUGCAGAAGGUGGCUGGACAGUGGUAGUACACCACAAAGGUCGGAAAAAGACAACUGAUACCGAAACUGGAGUCGCUGUAGGUUCCGUCGCCCAAGCUGCCGUUCUUGACAAGAUGUCCAAAAAGAAAAAGAAAGAAGUCGGUUUAAAUUUCUACCGGUUCCAGAAAAAGGAAGCACAGAUGAACGAGAUUAUGAUGCUGCAGAGCAAAUUCGAGCAGGACAAGAAGCGGAUACAGCAGUUGAGAGCAGCGCGGAAAUUCCGGCCCUAUUGAUGGGAUGAGAUAUUCAUUGCGUCGAGGUCAGCCGACCGGCCGCCAUGGAUGCUGCUAUGGGUACACACUUGAUCUUGAUUUUUCGUAUUUAGCUAUGAGAAUUGCAACUUAAUUUUUGACAGCUAUGUAGUAACUCUUUGGUGUUGUAUGGAAGUUUUGUUUUUAUUUUUUUAA